CAGCCGGGGCGGCAGACAAGCGGGUCGGAGACAGCAAGCUCGGGUUGGGAACGGCCGUUGGGUCGGAGUCGGGUCAGGGGCACGUCGAAGCCGUGCGCGCAGGAGGCCGCCGCUGCAGCCUGGGCCCCGCUGAGGAAGGAAGCCAGCCGGCUGGGGAGGUGAAGCUUGUGUGUGGCGUGCCACAGUCACAUUAGACGACAGAUGGACGGUGUGACAAGAGUGUCAGAAAGGAUCGGGCCUCGCUGUGAGAGUCAGCCUGGAGUCAUCGUGUUGACAAGUCGCUGAAAAGGAAGCCAGUGGGAGGAUUGCAGCCUGCAGAGGAAGUGGAGCCCUGACUCGGGUCACACCAUUGAUGGAGGACAGAUGGACGGCCGGAUGGCCAAUCACCUCUCCUCUUAAACCUUUGGAGAAUUAUCCUUUGUCCUCUGCUGGACACACAUUAGGAAUCUUAACACCCUCUCUGAGUUCAUUGUCCAUAGAAACGUAGAGUUAGACUCAGCGUCGCAUGGUCCCCGGCCUGCAGCCAUGAGUGCCGAGGGGUACCAGUACCGAGCGCUGUAUGACUAUAAAAAGGAGCGGGAAGAGGACAUUGACCUGCACUUGGGUGACAUAUUGACUGUCAAUAAAGGAUCCUUAGUCGCUCUCGGAUUCAGUGACGGACAGGAAGCCAGGCCUGAAGAAAUUGGCUGGUUAAAUGGUUAUAAUGAAACCACAGGGGAGAGAGGCGACUUUCCGGGAACUUAUGUUGAAUAUAUUGGAAGGAAAAGAAUCUCACCUCCCACACCAAAGCCCCGGCCGCCUCGACCCCUUCCUGUCGCACCAAGUUCUUCAAAAACUGAAGCAGACAGCGAGCAACACGCUUCGACGCUCCCAGACCUUGCAGAGCAGUUUGCCCCUCCUGACGUCGCUCCACCGCUCCUCAUCAAGCUGGUGGAAGCCAUUGAAAAGAAAGGUCUGGAAUGUUCAACUCUCUACAGAACACAGAGCUCCAGCAACCUAGCAGAACUACGACAGCUUCUUGAAUGUGAUGCCGCCUCCGUGGACUUGGACGUGAUCGAUGUGCAUGUUUUAGCAGACACUUUCAAACGCUAUCUCCUGGACUUACCAAAUCCUGUCAUUCCAGUAGCCGUUUACAGUGAGAUGGUUUCUUUAGCCCAAGAAGUGCAGAGCUCCGAAGAAUACAUCCAGCUGUUGAAAAAGCUCAUUCGGUCGCCUAACAUACCUCAUCAGUAUUGGCUCACGCUUCAGUAUUUGCUGAAACAUUUCUUCAAGCUCUUUCAAAGCUCCAGCAAAAACCUUCUGAAUGCAAGAGUUCUCUCUGAACUUUUCAGCCCUCUGCUUUUCAGAUUCCCAGCAGCCAGCUCUGAGAAUACUGAACACCUCAUAAAAGUUAUAGAAAUUUUAAUCUCGACCGAGUGGAAUGAGCGACAGCCUGCACCAGCACUGCCUCCUAAACCACCAAAACCCACUACUGUAGCCAACAACGGUAUGAAUAACAAUAUGUCCUUACAAGAUGCUGAAUGGUACUGGGGCGAUAUCUCGAGGGAAGAAGUGAAUGAAAAACUUCGAGAUACAGCCGACGGGACCUUUUUGGUACGAGACGCGUCUACUAAAAUGCAUGGUGAUUAUACUCUUACACUAAGGAAAGGAGGAAAUAACAAAUUAAUCAAAAUAUUUCACCGAGAUGGGAAAUAUGGCUUCUCUGACCCAUUAACCUUCAAUUCUGUGGUUGAACUAAUAAACCACUACCGGAAUGAAUCUCUAGCUCAGUAUAAUCCCAAACUGGAUGUGAAAUUACUGUAUCCAGUAUCCAAAUACCAACAGGAUCAAGUUGUCAAAGAAGAUAAUAUUGAAGCUGUAGGGAAAAAAUUACAUGAAUAUAACACUCAAUUUCAAGAAAAGAGUCGGGAAUAUGAUAGAUUAUAUGAAGAUUACACCCGUACUUCCCAGGAAAUCCAAAUGAAAAGAACAGCUAUUGAAGCAUUUAAUGAAACCAUAAAAAUAUUUGAAGAACAGUGCCAAACUCAGGAGCGGUACAGCAAAGAAUACAUAGAGAAGUUUAAACGUGAAGGCAAUGAGAAAGAAAUACAAAGGAUUAUGCAUAAUUAUGAAAAAUUAAAGUCUCGAAUCAGUGAAAUUGUCGACAGCAGGCGAAGGCUGGAGGAGGACUUGAAGAAGCAGGCGGCCGAGUACCGCGAGAUUGACAAGCGCAUGAACAGCAUUAAACCCGACCUUAUUCAGCUGAGAAAGACCAGAGACCAAUACUUGAUGUGGUUGACUCAGAAAGGUGUUCGGCAGAAGAAGCUGAACGAGUGGCUGGGCAAUGAGAACACUGAAGACCAAUAUUCGCUGGUAGAAGAUGACGAGGAUUUGCCCCACCACGAUGAGAAGACCUGGAACGUGGGAAGCAGCAACCGAAACAAAGCCGAAAACCUACUACGGGGGAAACGAGACGGAACUUUUCUGGUCCGGGAAAGCAGCAAGCAGGGCUGCUACGCCUGCUCUGUGGUGGUGGACGGCGAGGUCAAGCACUGCGUCAUCAACAAGACGGCCACGGGCUACGGCUUCGCGGAGCCCUACAACCUGUACGGCUCCCUCAAGGAGCUGGUGCUCCACUACCAGCACACGUCCCUCGUGCAGCACAACGACUCCCUCAACGUCACACUGGCCUACCCGGUGUACGCGCAGCAGCGGCGAUGAAGGGCCGGCCCCACCGCUCCCGAAGUUCAGCUCCCGCGGCCUCCGGCCGGCACAGGGCUCCUCUCCGGCCUGGCCUUGGAAUUGAGCGGCGGCCGGGAAGCCGUCUGUCUGCAGCUGGGACUCGCGCUUUCGACAGAACCGUCGGCGGGGAGGCGGCAGCCUCGCACCGAGCGAGGACCACACGUUUCUCCCUUGUCUGGAGGGCCUCGCCUUUCUUUCUUCCCUCUUUUUUUGGGUUUUUGUUUUUUGGGUUUUUUUGGUUUAAUUCAAAGCCACAACCCCACCCGACACCACAAGAAAAAGAAAUGCAAAAAUCUGCGUGCAGGAACAAAGAGGCCUUUAACUAUGGUGCUCGUUCAUGCUUUCAGAAGCUUUACCAGCUCACAAGUGGGGACUGUGGCGACCAGAAGGGGGACGAGCCCCGGCCUGGGGACGCGCGGUACAGCGGGGUGUUGCUGUGCACGGUGGACCCAGACACCGCACUGUGGAUUAUUUCAUUUUCUUAACAAAUGAACUGAUAUGUAGCAGAAAGGCACUUCCGGGCACCAGGGACACUUUGAGGGACGUCGGCUCAUGUCAUCUGUUAAGAGGAAAUUCUAUCAUAGCCACGUACCAGAAAGUGUGUUGUUUAAAGUCUUCAAAACAAAAAAACGGAGCUAAGAAAACAGGACUUAUGAAUGACAUUUAGUAUAUAAAAUAUGUACAUAAUAUUGGAUGACUAACUAUCAAGUAGAUGGAUUUGUAUCAAUACCAAAUAGCUUCUGUUGUGUUUUGCUGAAGGCUAACUUCACAGUGCUAUGCAAUCCUUCAUUUUCAUUGUUAUCUGUUAUCAAUGUACCUUCAGAAUAAGCUUCCCCCAUCCCCAUUUUUGUUGCUUGAAAAUACUGUCCUUGGUUUUUUUUGUUAAUAUUCAAUUUUGUUACUCAUUUCCUUUUUUUUUAAGACUAAAUGUACAGGAUGCCAGUUUAAAAAAAAAUGGCUUCAGAAUUAAAACUAUGAAAUAUUUUACAGUUUUUCUUGUACAGAGUACUUGGCUGUUAGCCCAAGUUUAAAAAGUUCAUAACAGAUUUUUUUGGACUAAAUGUUUUGUUGGGCAGUGCCUGAUAAGCUUCAAAGCUGCUUUAUUCAAUAAAGAGAGAGAGAGAGAGAAAGAUAUAUGAAUAUGACAAAGUAUCGCUGAGUUCAACAAUGUUUCAAGACUUAAAAUACGGUACCUGGCAAUGUUUGUUUCAUCAAGAAUUGUGAACUUCUUGAAUCUAGGGAGGGGAUAGAGCAAGGGAUGUACAGGUGGGGUGGGGGAGGGGUGGCGAAUGGCACGCACUUUCUUGUGAUUACGGAGAAGUGAAUCACUGCAAAGUGAAGUCUUUUCCCACUUGGAUCUGCUACUCAAACCCUAAGGACAAUUACAAACCUACUAGAACGCUAACAGUGCAGCUGGUCAGAUAGUUCAGUUCUUUCUUAGGGAGGCAGGGGUAAUGGGGGGCUCCUGGAACAGUGUUCAUCCCUGUUUGACACACUGAUUUCAAGGUGUCACCACUGCAUUGAGAAAACCUGUCUCUCACAUUGACUACCCAUUACAACCACCAAACAUCCAUUUUAGAAAAAGCAUGAGCUGAAAAAUCUCUCUUCAUCUGGACAUUUGUUAUUUUUUCCUAGCUUUCUAUUCAAUUUAGAUCAUAAAGCAAACAGACAUCAUCAGAAUUGUUACUGCCCCAGGCUGUGGGGAACUUGUUCAAGUCAUGGCCAUUGUAAGAAUCCUAACAGUCCUCACGCAUCCAAAUAACUGUAUGUGUUGCACUUCACUGUGGGGCAAAGGAGGGGGUUGUUAGAAAAUUCUUUCCAACUUAAGGCAAGAGCUCGAGGUCUCUCUCCCUGAUUUACAUACGCCAACGCUUUUCAGUUCAGUGGGAAUUGUACCUGAGUUGGGAAGAGUAAAGGGAAUUAUCAUCAUGGUCACCACCCUGGGAGAUGCAAAUGGAAUCUUACAACUUCAGUUUUCCUUGCUCAACAUGAGAUUCACCACAGCUUCAUUUCUCUUUCACAUACCAGGGUGAGGGGGUUUGUUUUCUUUUUUAAUGUUGCUCCUUUUAAAAUGCUUUUAAAAGAAUCCAUCUAGCAGCUGACUUAAUCAACUGCAGAAUGUAUUUUUUUUUCUUUUUACAUGAAGCUACUCAUAUCGAAAGCAAUAGUCAGUCUCACAGCCGGACUGUCAGCCCUCAAACUUGACCAUACUGAUCUGACCAGAUCCCUCUCAUCUCCAGACAACUGAUGAUUUCCCUGGUUUUAGUCUCUGGGUCUGCUGUCAAACUAUCCUUCCACGUCACACAGCAGUCCAACAAUUAGUGAGUAGUAGUUUAUAAACUAGGUGUUUAUUUUUUAUUUUUUUGGUAGCACAUCCAUCUAUGCUGUUAUGUAACUUUCAUUUAAUUUCUAAAAUAUGAGAUCUGAUAUGGAGUAUUUCAUUGAAAAGCUACAGUCUUGUUCAUGUUUUUGCUUCAACACUCUUCACAAGGUGGUGUGGGAUUUAGGCACUUGCCUUAGUUUUGCAUCUCACGAGCAGAAAUGCAAUAGACUUUUCCUUGACCAGAAAGGCAGGAUUCAUUGUUUCAGGUCACAGUGAGUUACACCUUACCUAUGACGUUGCACCUCUGCCAGAUGCCUUUUUGAUUGUGUAUAGCAUGCCCACCACAUGUGUCCUUGUAGAUGCUGGACCAGCAGGGCUCUCUUGAGUCCAAUCAUUCAUCUCCUAACAACAUUGUCUCAGUGGCUUAUGAAUGAAUAUAGCAGAGGCACUCCUGAUCCAUGCUUAUAUCCAUGCAGUGAUUUUCUCCACCCAGUGUAGCGUCCUCAAGAUAAAAGCCAGAAGCUAAGCUGCAGAGAGGCUGUGAUAGGGCUGUUUUUGCAGGAUAUUGGGACCUAAUGUCAUACGACAGAAAAAUCAGAACCAUGUGCAAAGGCGAAAAGCUUGUGUUUGCAACAUCAGACAACCUCUUGGCCCUUGGUAUAUGUAUAUAUGUGUAUAUGCGCAUGGACUGUGUUUCCAGUACACCUUUCAGCCAAACAGAUCCACAGUCGUUGAGUUCAAGUACAUAAGAAGCCAAUAUCUAGUACAAUUCUUGUAUCUGUGUGUGGGUUGUUUUUUCCCUUUGAAGUUGCUUUGUCUUAUAAAGGUGAAAGUUGUUUGCAAGUGACGUGAGAAGUUCAUAAUUCUUUGGCUUUUUUCUGUUUAAAAGUGACUCCUGGAGGAGCUGGUCUCAUGACUCGCUGAACUUGGAAAUCCUUGCUUUCAGUGUGUCAAGUCAAAAUGUGUUGAUGUGAGCUGUCACUGUGGGGAACCCAUUGCUUUGUCACGUAGCUGGUUAUGAACUAGUCAUGUGUUUCGGAAGUCCUACUGAUGUUCCUUAUUGGGAGAAAAAUUCUGCUGGUUCUAACAACUGUGCUUUUGCUAUGCAUGGUAUCCAAGUCAGUUGGAAAGCAGACCCUGAAAUCUGAGUUCAAGGUCAUUUAAGAAAGGGGCAGUUUAAAGCACAAUGCCUCACAUGGGACAAAGUUCCGAAAUGCCAAAUUCUUGUUUUUUUGGUUUUUUUAAAUCUAGUUAUAUAAAUUACUAGUAUUAUGUAUGAGUCAAGAGGGGAACAGAAUUGGGUUCAUUGGAAACACUAUCCAACUUAAUACUGAACUUGUCACCAUGAGAUAGCAUUAGCUGCCCAGGAUGCUGCUAUUAAAAAAAAAAAAAGCAAAACAAACAAAAAAACUCAUUUAUAUGUGUGUAUUUUUUAAAGCUAUGAUCUGUUCGAUGUUUUUACAAAUCUGUUUCUAUGACAUUGUUCAAAUAAAGUUGGUCUUUUGACGAGAGGGAGGAUGUCAUGGUCAGCUGUAAUUUUGCCUUUACAAGGCACCUGGGGGGGGGAGGGCGGGGGGACUGUGCCUCCUUGACAUUUUGUUCAAGCUAUAGAUUCAGUGGAGCUAUGUCUUGUUUUAAGUUGCUUUAAUGCAUUGUAUUAGGUCUUCAAACAGAAUAAAGGUUGUUUUGAAACUUAA